AUGGCGUCCUUUAGAAAAUUUCCAUUUUCAUUUGGCGUAGGCACCGACAUAUGUCAGAUCUCUAGGAUUUAUAAAAUAAUAGCCCAGAAAAAAGGCUCAAAUUUCAUUCAUCGCGUCCUCACCAAAGACGAGAUAAACUCCGUCCGAGGAGCGUCUCAUGUCCUCGAACCUAUCUACUCGCGCCGGCGCCUCCCGGAGUCUGAACUAUUCCCAAAUGGAAAUAUCGAGGAAGAGAUCCCUGCAAUAGCAACUGCGGCUAGAUUUAUGGCUGGAAGAUGGGCGGCAAAGGAGGCAGUCAUAAAAUCUUGCAGUGCUCACAGGGUCAGCUUUCACGAUAUCAUGAUUACCUACGAACACCAGCUGGACGAGUCGUCAAAAGAGCAAGACGUUUCGCCUUUAGACUCCCAGGAAAUAAGAUCGCUGAGACAAACUGGCCCGCCUGUGGCCGUUAUCAAGGGUCACGGCAAUGGGGAUAUGUAUGGGCGCAUCAGUAUCAGCCAUGAUGGGGACUAUGCCGUUGCUACGUGCGUGACGUUCUGGGACGAAUCGGCCCCUGAGGCGAGCAAGACAAAGACAAACGGCGACAUAUCCGAAGUAGAUUAA